UAUUAAUACGUUUGUUUUUUUUAGUAUUUUGUGGAUUACAAGUUGGGUAACGAUUAUUUAGGUCAAGAUUUGCAUUAUGCAUCCAUUUUCAUGGCUUACUUGACUAUUGGCUCACAGCUACCUAGUCUUCUAUUCAAUUGGCUCAACAUAUUUUGUCCAAUAGGCGGAAAAUUGACAACUCGAAUUGUAUGGUCUAUUCUUACUGAAGUACUUUGUUUUGUUUUUACUGUUGCGUUGGUCAUGAUUAAUACCUCUCAAAUACCAGCUCUAUUUUUCUGGUCAACUUUAGGCAGUAUAGUGUUGUUAAACAUGGCAAAUGGUAUUUACAACAAUUCUGUUUUUGGUAUGGCCGCUAAGCUCCCUACAAAAUAUAUUGGUGCUGUGGUUCUUGGUACAAAUUUAAGUGGUACCUUUACAUCUAUUGCUAACAUUGCAUCAAUUUCAAUUACUCCAGAUGCUCGAACUGCUGCUAUAUAUUAUUUUACCACAGCACUAUUUGUGUUGCUUGCCUGUUUUGAUACAUAUUUUGCAUUGCCAUUAAAUAGAUUUUAUAAGUAUCAUGAACUCAUUUAUCAACGACAAAUUGAAAAUCAAGGUUCUAAACAAGGCGAAGAAAAUGAUAAAGUUCCUUAUUGGCGUAUUUUUAAACAAGCUAGUCCACAAUUAUUUAAUGUAUUUUUUGUAUUCUUUGUAACACUAUCAAUAUUUCCAGCAGUUCAUUCAGAUAUUAAAACAUCAAAUAAAGAUUUUAUUUUUGGAGAUACAUAUUAUACCAGUGUAUUGUGUUUUUUGACAUUCAAUGUAUGCGCACUUAUUGGAACAUAUCUUUCUACAUUGGUUUCGUGGCCAAAGCCGAAAUGGCUUUUUGUUCCUGUGAUACUAAGAGUUGUUCUUAUUCCAUUAUUUUUGAUUUGUAAUUACCAGCCGAUUGGUGUUACAAGAGUAAUGCCUGUACUAAUAGAAAACGAUUAUAUAUUCUGGGCAUUAGGAGCAAUCCUUGGAUUAUCUAGUGGUUAUUACAGUUCUGUAGCGAUGAUGUAUGCUCCAAGUUGUGUUGAACCAAGAUACAGUGGCAUUGCAGGUAUGUUUGGAGCUGCUAUGUUGCUUACUGGAAUUUGUAGUGGAAUACUCUUUGGAAUGAUAACACCAUUUAUUGUAGAACACGUAUCUAUAUAGAAAUAUAUUAAAAUG